AUGCUGAAGCAGGCGUUCGAUUCGAUGUCGGUCAAGCUGCUGCUGGCUGGUUUUCUCCUCAUUAUUGCGUCAUUCUGCGCCGGGACAUUCUUCGGCUCCGGUACUUCUCCCGUGGACGUAGAUUCCAAUCUACCGCCGGGGCAUGAGCGGCCACAGCAGGGCCUGUCGGCGAGGUCUCCUGGUGAGCGACUAAAAAUACCAUAUAGUCUCUCCCGCUUGUAGCUCAGUGCUCGAUCGUUAAAACUUCGGAAAAAUUGCCAAUGAAAGUAACAUGAAAGCAGGGCCAACCCGUCGUAUUCGCAUACGUUACGUUUUACAUUGCUUGCAUUGGCGUCGUCUCCGCCCCCUCUGUCGCAGAUCCUGUCAGCUCGAAUGAAUGGAGGGAGACAAGUAUGUUCUCAUGAUAGAGUGAUUUUUCACUGAUUCUUGAGAAAUGUUAUAGCUUUUCCGCAAUGGCAGCUUUAACAAUGCUGGAACAAUUUGGCGUUUCAUAUAUAUAUAUAAUUUCGGGGAAUGAAAAUUAGAAACUGUUAGCUGGCUGGGAUGCAAAGUUUUUGUACUUCGAAGGCUGGAAGAAAGGUUUGCCUCAUUUUAAGCUGGAGGAUAUUUUUUUUAAAGUUCCACAAGGCUUCGAAGCUGUGAUUUUAUCGUUUGAAGUAAGUCUUGGAGACGCUGACAUUUGUGUUCAUUUUUCUCACAAUAGAUGAAAAAUUAGAGCAAUGUGCUAUAAAAAGAAUCUGUGUUUUGAGUUCCCAAUAUGGGGUGCCUUUUUAUCAAAAGUUUACAUCCUGACUCAUGCCACGCGAAUUCACUGCAUUCAAUUCUAUUCAAUCCAAUCAUGUAAUUAGUUUCAGUUCAGUUCAACGGGAAUGGUAGUUUCUCAUCCAUUCCUUUUAGUGGACAUGCUUUAUCCUAGCGAUCGUUGUAGGAGCUCAGUCUCAUGGAGAAGGAUUUAGAAACUAAUUGACAUGUCAAAGGUAUGAUAGGGGGGUUAUCCGUCUCUUACAGGAUUAUGCCUUUAAAAAUACCAGCAAAUAGAGCAUGAUGAGUUUCAGCAAAGCUCUAAAGAUGCUGAGUGGAUGUUGGAAACGUGCGUAGUCAGUUUUGCUCUCAGCAGUAUCACUCCGAAUUAUAUUUCUCCUUAUUCUCAACUAAAAUGUGCGUUGCAGCAGAUUGACUUGUUGGAUUUAAAUUCUAAUAGAGAAGUGCGGAGGGUGUGGUGGUGUCAUCCCUAUGGUUAAGUAGAAGAUAGUAUCUAAACCUAAAGGGGAAAGAAGAAUUCGGCACAGAAGCUUAUGGUCACCACUAAGAACCCUGGCCUCAAAUGACUUCCAAGUUGAUGCAUGGAAGAUGAAAAAGUAGUAAAACAAUGGGAGCAUUGAUUGGAUUUGUGUCGCUCACUGAUCAUUCACCAUGUGAUGCUUAAGGACAGAGCUGGAGUCUAAUAAAAGGAAUAUAUGUAGGUGGUGACAUCUAAAGCAGAUAUUUCGUGGUGUAUUCAUGAUUUUUAAUGAUAAGCUCAUAAUACAUCACAGUCAAUAUGUAGAAGCAAGUAUAACCCCCGAGAACACUGAAUAAUCUUUCUUUCUUCCAGUUAUUAUCCUUGGAUUGCUGUGUCAACAGGUUGUGCAUAUCAAUUGUAUCCAUUUUUAGCGCCUUCAAUGUGUAAUGAUCAAAUACGAGUGUAGUUGGGAUAUGCUUGAUCUCAAUCGAAAGUUAAGACAAAAGAAGAAAUGUAAAGGGAACUAGAGAAAAAGAAGAAAAUGUUUGAGAGUACAGGGAGCAGUAGCAGAAUGAAAAAGACAGCUAACAGAAAGAGCAAAAAAAGAAGUCAGAAUGGAGGGAGCUAUAAGACAAUGAAAAAGAUGGGAAUUUUGUUACGAAUAAUAACAGCAAGAGAAGCGUGUGGUUGAGGCACCUAGCUGUGAUCUCUCCCAUAAUGUAACUGACUUGGCAAUAUUUGCCAAAUCUCAGUCCGAGUUGCAAGCAUUCUAGCGGUGGCUGAUCCUAAGAUCUUUGGUUUUUGGAAUUACAUGAUAAUUUCGUUAGGGACAUAAAUUGCCAUAACACUAUUACUUGAAAAUUUAUGUAACCUGUAUGAAUCCUGUACUGCCGAAUAGCUGGCCCUUUUCAUAGCCACUUGUCUCAAGGUGAUGUGUGCUUACAGAAAAUAUUGUUUCCCUUUUAAGAAUUUUAUUUAGCUCGCAGGUGGAAUCUAAUAUUUUUGCUAACGAAAUUAUCUUACUUUAAAUCUGGCUUAUUGGCGUUUUUGGUAAUUUUGGAUUUUUAUUGCUUCUCAGCCCUCAAAUCCAUGCCCUUGAUAUCUUGCAGGUCUAUCGCAGCUCAAAAAUAGAGUUUCUCUUUCUCUUAGAGGGGCUUCUAUUUCCAUUUCUGAAAUGGGCGUCAAUGUAUGCCCUUUAGAAUAUAACGAGCAUAUCCCUUGCCAUCCUUCUUAUGUUAAACAUAGUUUAGAUGAAAGAAAGAGAGAUCUUGAAAGACAUUGCCCUCUCCCUCAGGAGCGCCUUUUUUGCCUGGUUCCUCCACCAGUUGACUAUAAAAUUCCAAUAAAAUGGCCAAUUAGUAGGGACUACGUAUGGCAUAGUAAUGUAAAUCAUACUCAUCUUGCUGAAGUUAAAGGAGGGCAAAAUUGGGUGCAUGAGAAGAAGGAGCUAUGGUGGUUUCCUGGAGGUGGUACUCAUUUCAAGCAUGGUGCUGCUGAGUACAUUGAAAGGUCAUCUUUGCUUUAAUACAAGCAACACAAUUUUUUAAAUCAUAUUUUUCCUUUUUGUAUCUGCUAGAUCCUCUAAAACUAAUUGUCUUUCCGAGAUUAUGCCGACUUCUUUUGAAAUACUCACUACGUUUUGCUUUUUUAGAGCAUCUCUGUGGUCCCUUUUCAUUGUUUUGUUCCACAGAUGUUUUGGUUUGCUGGUGUUUCCUGAGCCCCAAUCUUUCUGAUCUAGUGAUGUGGCAAACAUGCCAUGAUAAUGUUCCCAUAAAAGGGGCAAUUUUCAUUACGGGAGACUGUCGUUGGUAGAAAGUAUGUUGCAUUAUUAGCUUACAAGCUUUUUACGAAAUUAAUUUUCUUAUCUAAUUUUGUACUUCUUAAUUGGGAUAGUUUGGGCUUUCAUGCAUCAGAUAUGCAGUACAAUUGGUACUGGAUUCACUUGCAUAUUGGCCACUGGAUAUCCGAAUGUUUUAGUUGGGUGUUUGGCCCAAUAUUUUAUAAUAUAAAAAAGAUUUUGUUAUGUAUGAAGGUCCCUAUCAAAUUUUAGCCAUUCGAACAUUCAAAUGGUUAAGGAAAUCUGAUUGUAUCCGAUCUUUGAAAGUGUUUUGAGUUUGAUAUACCAUGGCUGUUAAUUUUCAGGGGCACAUCUGAUAGGUAGGUUGAGUUGUUCAGGUAAAGGCCAAGAAUGACCUGACCGAUAUGAAGUUUCAAUUAAAUUUAAUUACUAAUCAUUGUUUAUUGAAUUUGCAUAUACUUUCAACAAUCAUUUUUUUUUCCCUUCAAUUCAAUGCCAGUGAACUUGGAUCUUUGUUACACUAUUAAAUGUAGGAUUUUAAGUAUGAUAGAAAUUUAUUUUGUUGGCAGUUGUUUCUUCAAUUAUGUGUUUCCUGUAGAAUACCGGCGUGGAUUAAGUGCAUCUGAAUUUACAUGUGACUAAGUUUGAUCAAGUGCAUCCAUGCGAUGUGAGGAUCACAGUGUCAAGGUCAGGUCCCGGAUCGACAAGAUUAGGUCGAAAUUAACAAAUAUUUAAGGAUAUUCUUUUUCAAAAUUUGAGGGUAUCUAUAAAUAUUUUUAAUAAAAAGAAAAUAAACUAGGAGAGUUGUUUUAAUCUGAGCUUUCAUAAAAGAAGCUUCCCUCUUUUCAUCCCACCUCACCCAGAUUUUGGCAACCUGACAACAACAAUGGAUAAACAAGAAAGACGGAGGAACCAGGGGUGGGUGCUGGUGGUGAUGGUGUGGUCUUGCAAUCAUUAGCUUUUCUUCCUUUCCCUCCCUUUCCUUCCCUUCUUCUCUGCCUUCUCCCUUUCUGUAGAUUUGGAAAAAUAUAUGAUGGAUUGAGACAGUAAAAAUAUUGGAGGCAAAGGUCAAGAUUAGAAUCUAAGUUGUGCUAUGUGAAAUAAUCGUUGUUAUUGCCAUAAUGUAAAAAAGUCAAGUUUUGCUGUGUUUUUCCCAUUGCUUUCUAUCUUCUGAGGGAUGGAUCUGUUUUUCUAUUUUAUGUGAAAUGGAAGGAUUGAUGUGAAGAUGGAGAAACUGCAAUCCAGAAUAGAAACAACUGGAAAAUGCAUUAAGUUUCUAAUGUGCGAGUUUAUUUGAAGAGCUGUUCGUGCUAUCUUGCCGUUUCCAUAAGUUGAUGCAAGGGCCGUCACCAAAGAAAACUGGCCAGAUGAGUUUUGAGAGAGAUCCAACUUAGAUUGUGAGAUCAAGGCAGGCUUUUCUUCUGUUCAAUUUUGAAACUUCAGAAAGCAAGAGUAGUUAAUAAUUUAAAGUUUCUGAUAUUCACCGUCAAAUGGAUGAACAUGAGUUCAUGGUUAGGCAGAUGGAAACUAAUAGGAAAUGAUAAGUUGUUUUGAUUCGUUGUUAUAGUCUGAAUGUUGCUUUGAUUGGUUGUUAUAGUGUGAAUUCAAUGCACCGUGGAACCCGUAUUCAGAUUACUCAAGUUUGAUGCAAUCAAAAUUUGGAUUAUCAUUGGUUGGGAUUGCCAAAGUCAGUCAUUCCAAACCUUCUUAAACCUUAUCAACCCUCCCUGUAGGACUAGAUCAGUUAUGCCUGGCAAUGGUGUAUCUCAGUUGGGUCAACCAAUUCGUGUCUGAAUUAUAAGGCUUGGGCUAUACCAGAUGUGUUGAUAACCGUUGUAAAAUGAUUUCUUAUUGUCUAUGUAUUUCGAUAUAUUUCUUUCAAGAAAAUGUACUCUUUACCAUGUUUCGUCUCCUGGUCGGCCCACAUUCCGAGUUCUCAGCCCAAAAAUCUUUUGACAGUCAUCUGGAUGUCUCACUGCAUUAUCCAUGCCCUUUGUGGCACCCUUUGCCAUAUUCUUCCGUUUAUAGAUUCUGAUCCUGUGUAUUAGUCUUAUUUUGUCAGUCGGGACGUUCUUAUCCAUGAUAACGGAUCAAAAUAUUCCAUCUCUUGUGACAAAAUAUAGUGCUGAGAGUAUACCUUCAUGUUUGUUGAUUCUGCCAUGCUUUCCCUUCAUUUGUUGGUCUAGUCUACGAUUUACACCCUAUGAACCACAGUACUGAGAAUUUUUUUUACUGAAAUUCAGAAGAAAAAAUAGAUUAUUUUUCAGACCACCUUCUCAAAACUACCAAAUAAAGGAGUUUCAAUUGACUGAGAUACGAAGCAGUAAGGGGCACACUUAACGGUUUGACAUCUCGAUUUCUUAUGCCAUAAGAUCUCGCUUAUCGUUCUGUUUUGAUGACUUGUGACUCCUUGUCAUCAUAUGAUUAAAAUGUCAGGAACUUCCUGAUCAUUCUCGACUGUACUUUUUGCCACGUGCAGAGUGCGUGAAGCAAAUCAUUUUGUUACCUCAAUUCAACCACGAGUAUGAAAUUAAAAACAUUAGUUGUAGGUAUCCUAGCUAUGAUGUGACAUUGUUGACAUAAACAAGCUGAUGACCAGUGAGGAGGUUGCCUGGUUCCCCUGCAUAUGGACCAAUGUUGUUUAUGGGUAUCCAUCUUGUGGCUGAAGAGUGAAGAUCAUUCCCCAUUGACUCGCAUUAGUAGUCUCAAUAACACUAUGCAUUGGGUUUCAAACAGUAUGGUACUCUCCUCAGAGUUUAGACUUGCUCAGAUUUGCCGUAGUUCCUGAUCAUCUAAGAAAAAGACAAUAACCAUGCUUAACUGUGAUGAAACUUAAUCUGUAUUUCAUUUGAAUUUGAUUUGUUCUUAAAACUUCUGUGUUUCACUUCGAGUGGAGCAUGCAAAAGAAGGAAUAGGUAGUACAUGUUAAAAAAAUCAGAGCCUCUCCUCACCUAUUCUAUAUGUGGAGAGGAGAGAAGACAUGACACCAUAAGGCCCAAUAUUGGCUAUAGCCUAGUGGUCCCCUAUUCUAAAUGACUCACUAACACAAAGAUUGUGAACCUUUUACAUUCAUAUUCUAAUAUACACUCUAAAGUAUGAACUAUGAGAAGAUUUGCUAACAUCUGCAUUGAAUAACUUGGGUAAUUGUUUCUGUAACGUGUCAAAAACUGUGAAAGUUUUAUUUAACAUGUAUAAUAUUUGAUUCCCACUCUUUCAAGUUUUCCAUGAAUGAUUGGUAAUCAACAAUAUUCGCCGGAAUAGUAUCAUAGUGUAAUUUUUUCCAUUAACUAGAAUGAUAUUUCGUCUGCACCAAUGUUUUUUAGAAAUAAUGCUCUGAGAUAAAAUGUUAUCCCUUAAGUUGCUCACUUUGAUUUGGGCUGAUUGCGAGACUUAUCAUUACUUACAUCAAUAAUAUCUUUCAUCACUAUUCAUGGAUUGUGAUUACAGAAAACCAUAAUUCAUGUAUUGCCAUCUCUCUAUUAAUUCAGAUUUUUUGUCUUAUUCAUGUGUGCAGAUUGGGCAAAAUGGUAACGAGUGGGAGUGGCAACCUUCGUGACGCGGGCAUAGUUCAGGUUCUAGAUGUUGGUUGUGGGGUUGCGAGCUUUUCUGCCUAUCUACUUCCAUUAGAUAUACAAACAAUGUCCUUUGCUCCUAAAGAUGGUCAUGAAAAUCAGAUUCAAUUUGCUUUAGAGCGAGGAAUAGGUGCAAUGAUAGCUGUUAUUGCUAAAAAGCAGCUUCCUUUCCCUAGCCAUUCCUUUGACAUGGUUCAUUGUUCAAGGUGCCGGGUUGACUGGCAUGAGAACGGUAACUUCUCUUGUUCCUAUGUCUGUGCAGUAGUUCAUUCUGUUGUCUAUUUCAGAUUAAUUGCAAAAAAAUAUGUAACUUUCCUGUUCUUGAAAUCCUAUCUUGUGGCAAUGCUAUGAACAAGUUCGGAAAUCGCAUGGCAAAGACUGUAAAUAUUUACUCUUUAUGCCAUGUUAAAGAUAUGCAAUGGAGUUUUUCAUUGUAUCAUAGGGAGAUGGAUGAAGACAAUUUUUUGUAAAGUCGAUUGUGCUUGAAUAAAUUUAGUUAAAAACGCAAGUUGAUUAUUCAAAGACUACGUUGUAUAGGCAUAAAAGUUAGUCAUAUUUAUGACGUUUUGCUGGUAUUAUGGAAAGGAUUUAUAAACUGCAAAACUUCGAGAGUACAGAUAAAAUUUUGUCUGAUGAGAACGAAAGAAAGAACUCGAAUGGAAUCUGAAGGCUAUUAUUUAAAAGGGGAUUUAAAGGAGAUGUAGCAAGUGGCCGGUUCAGCGAUCUUGUUGUGCAGAACUUGCCAUUUUCUUAGGCUGCUUGUAAUUUGUUGGUUGAAUAAGAAAAUGGAACAGAAAAUCCCAAACUUGGAGACUGGAGGUUGUCAUUAUCAGGCAUAUGGUCUGAAAUCAGUUAGGAAAAAUGGGGGCACAACAUGAAUGAUGUGAUUCAGACUUUACUAGCAGAAGGUACUAUACCUUCAAUUGUCCUGGAGCAACAGAGGGUGGCUGGGACUUAUACUUCUGUGCAUUGUGACGGUUUAAUGCUGAGCUUUCUUUGGGCAACGUGAGACUUAUUAGUUGAUCAUACAAUUUUGAAGUCCCACAUCAAGAUGAACAAAAUUUAUGCUCAUUUCAGUUGGAAACAUCGUACACAAAAUUCCAGAAAGCUUAUUUCAAGGUGAAUCCUCCAUGGAUGAGAUAGGCUUGUUUGCUUGAUGAUCGUGGAUGUUGAUUCUCGCAAUAUGCUAACCAGCAUUCAUAGUUUCAAUUAGAAACAGAGGAAUUCGAAUCUUCAACUCCAGAGUUUUCUUAAUAGUAUGCUGCUUUCACUGAUGGAAGAAUUCAGUGAUAGUUUUAUUCUUCAUGGUAUAUUUUACCUUAAUUUUUUUGAAUAUAUAGAUAUAUUGUUUCUUGGCAGAGAGCUUUCAGAUUCUGCUGUUGUACAGCUUUGUAACAUUUAGUCUAUGAAGAUUCUUGACAUUCUAUAUGCAGAUGGAAUAUUGCUCAAAGAAGUGGAUCGGCUUUUGCGGCCAAAUGGAUAUUUUGUAUACUCUGCCCCACCUGUCUAUAGAAAGGAUGGUUAUUUUCCAAUCAUUUGGGGAAAACUGAUGAACAUCACGAGAUCAAUAUGCUGGAAUCUGAUUGAUCAGCAAGUUCAGACUGCAAUCUGGGUUAAACAGGAAAAUGAGUCAUGUCGGGUACAAAAUGCUGAGAAGAAACUUUUCGGUGUCUGUGCAACUACGGAUGAUUCUCAACCAUCAUGGAAAAUACCUAUAGAAAACUGCAUAAGGGCAAGUGGUGCACCAGAUAAUAUUCAGAAACUGCCCUCAAGACGAGAACGACUUUCUGCAAACUCAAAAAACGUUCAGAGCUUGGGUCAGUCAAAUUUUCCUUGAUAAAUUUUCGAAUUAUCGAAUAACGUGAUUUUGGUUCCUUGUUUAUUGUGGCUUGCAUUCAUCUGGAACUUCAUUAUUUAAUUUCAUUACUUUCAUGUGGACCCCUGCCAACAGGGUGUUGUUGCACAAGCACUGGAUGCAUUGCGGUCAACUCUCUAUUUCGUUAUUCAUUGUUAUGUCAGUUGUAUUGUAAUUCUUUUGGUUUGAAUUUCUUGGUCCUGUGUGUUGCAUAUUAUUGAUAGAUUGUUAAAUGGUAGUAAACUUUUCGUUCAGAACUAACUUUCAUUUUAUUUAGUUCCCGUUGAGUAAAACGUGGAACUGAAAAGUACGAAGCUUCGAAUUUUUUCAACAAUGUGGGAAAAUUUUAUAUUAUUCAAAUCUUUUCAAUGAAACUGUCUUGCAUGCCGUGAUCAUCAUCAAAAUAAUUAAAACCUUAAAUAAUCUGAUUUGCGUGCAGUAAUCAGUCUUAUCUGAUUUAUGGAUUUUGAUUUAUCUGUUUGUUUCUAUUUUCCACCAUAUCCAUAAGAAACAGUACAGUUUUGAUAUAUCUCUGUCCCUUUCGCUGGGCAAUUUUGUAAUACUGGUCAACAGGUAUCACUUUGGACAGAUUUAAUUCAGAUACAAUGUAUUGGCAAGUGCAAGUCCGCGAAUAUUGGAAGCUGAUGGGUGUCAGCAAAACAGACAUUCGAAAUGUCAUGGACAUGAACGCAAAUCUUGGUGGAUUCGCUGCUGCACUGAGUACUUUUCCUGUCUGGGUGAUGAACAUAGUUCCAGUGAGUGCGAAUAAUACAUUGUCUUCAAUAUAUGACCGUGGUUUGGUUGGUGUGUUUCAUGACUGGUGAGAUUUCGAAGAUCUGUACACCGAAUUUUCAGUUGUUUCAUGGUUGUAUGUGAGAAGUUUCAUGCUUCUGUUGCCCAUAGGUGUGAGCCCUUCUCAACGUAUCCACGGACAUACGACCUGUUGCAUGCUUCUCAUAUUUUCUCUCAUUAUCAAGGUCGUGGACAAGAGGGUUGUCUUUUGGAAGAUGUUUUGCUUGAGAUGGAUCGAAUUAUUCGACCUGAGGUAAAGUAAAACUAGUACUCUUUCUCUAGAUAAAUUUCAGGGUUAGGGGAAGCAGAAGGAAGCAUAAGGUUUAGCCCGCUAUACUGGCAGAAAUCUUCUAUAAUUUUCGGGAGAAUUAAUAAUCGAAUUUUCUCUUGAAAAUUUCGUGAUCAAGUUCUUUGCUAGGAGAUCCUCAUAAGAGUUUCAUGGUUUUCUGUUUGAAGCAUAAAGUUGCUACAAUACCAACUUAAACUAUAAAAAAUGGUUCUGUUCUUGUAGCAAUUACCACUAAAACAGAAUGAGGAUUUACUGUUAAUAUACUAUAUUUCAAUUGGGCCGUUUUUUUAACUGUGUUUUUAUACUGAGAAUUUUCAAUAAAAUUUAAAUAUCUAUCAAUUAACAUACAUAACGAUUGUCAAUGGCAUAAAUUAAUUGUUCUUCAUUUUUUUCCAUCACAUGGUUUCCUUUUAACUGUUCUUGGUAUCAUUACUUUAGGGUGUUUGCAAGAGAAGGUAGCUCAGAUUCUGUUCCCUAGUUAUGGAUCCCAGUAAGGUGCUUGCCUGGAUUAGUUGCAUGCCGCACCUUUUUGUCUGUGUGGGCUGUGGGAGAGAAUACAUUAGGGUUUUGUUGAAAACUUUGACAGAUGUUAAUUGUAUAGUCGUUAGAUGCAUUGUUCAUAGUGUGAUGCUUGAUGGUUUCUCACAAAUGGGAAGGCAGUGCACAUUUCCGAUGGUUGAUAUGAAUAUGGGCAGGAUUUGCGCUGCCUGUGAUUACUUGACGAAUAUGUUCUGACCUGUUAAUGUGAACAUGAUUUGUUUACAUUCGCAAAUAGCUGUUUUGCUAAAUAGCAAUAGUUUAAUGUUUUGGUUCAUAUAUUUUGUGAAUUUGUCUAAUAUUUUUUUGUUAAAAAGUAUUCAUGGUGCCCCUAACAUCUACCCUGGUUGAGUUGGAAGUUCAACUGUAGAUGAUCAUCUUUGUUACCUUAAAAAAUCUUUCUUUCUUGGUGAGAUAUCGGAAAAUGGAAAGUAAAAUAAAAUUUCACAAACAGUAGGGAUUCUUUCAAUUCCCAGAAGCAGAAAAAUGAGGGGAAAAGGCCCUGGAGUCGCAUAUCCAUUAUGACAACAUUGAUGAUUUCAUGGGAAGAAGUUAUUUGAAUAUUGCUAAUUUGUAAAGUUUUGCAUUUAACGACUGUUAGAUGUUUUUUUUUUGGGCAUUGGAUUUUAUAUGUAUAUGUAUAUAUAUAUGAGAUAGCAUACUGAUGACUUUCCUGCUAUCAAUAGCCUCUUAUUGAUGUUAUACAACUCUUCUGAAUUUCUUAACUUAAUACUUCUCUGCUUUGAUACAUCAUGCCAUUGUGUUUGAAACACCAAAUAAAUUUCUUAUUCAUCCAAUGCAUGAUGCGUCGAAGCAUACAAUUAUAAAAAUCUCACAUCCACUCUUUCAUGUUACUGUACUCUUUUAUUGUAAUCGCAAAAUUGUAGUCAAUCUUUUAAGAUUAAUAAACAAUCAAUUUACAUUUUGAGCGCUUAGAUGAACAUGCAAAUUAUGUUGAUAAAAUUUCGUGAGUGUUUCACUUUUAUUAAAAAAAUUGAAUAUGCAGGGAUUCGUUAUCAUUAGGGAUGAGGAGUCUAUCCUAUUGAAGGUUAGAGAUAUUGCACCAAAGUUCCUGUGGGAAGUUCAAUCAUAUUUGUUAGAGAAUGAAGAAAAGAUCGUCAAACCUCUUCUGAUCUGCAAAAAGAAAUUCUGGGCCAUAAUUUGA